CGAUUUUCGUGGAAGAAAGUUCGCUCGUGAAAUUGAGGACACGACAUGGCGCAGUCGGCAGGAAAAUAUGUGCGAGCACCGAAGUAUAUAGAGGAAGAAGUGGAAGACGAACUAUCGGCAGCGUUAGCAAAACAGCUGACCGAAGAAAGAGCGAUAAGAGAGAAGAUGGCAGGCGAACUCGAAAAAUCUCGUAAGGAAAUUGAAGCGCUUCGAGCUGGCCUUACAAGGGAUACAGGUAGCAAUCCGGAUAGCCAGCAAUCAAACUUCGAUGCACAGACUGGAUUCAGCAGCACUCGGCACAUGGCGUUCACUCCCAAUGCGUCUCGCAGUUUGGAAGAGUCAAGAUUCCUAUGUUCCAUGAACCAGUUAUCUGUAGCGUCGAUCAACGUACCGGAGUGCAAGGCAGCGGCCGACGAACAGAUACACCGACAAACAUUUGAAGAAUGGAAAGAUUUGCUUAUUGAUUCGAUGAAACUGGCUGGUAUCGAGGAUGAAGUGACCAUGUAUACAGUGUUUAAAGUGAAGGCAGGACCACGACUGCUUGAAAUAUUCCGCAAUACGAAGAGUGCUUGCGACGCACCAGAUCCUGACGCCGAACCCUUCUCUAACGCUUUGCAUCGUCUAAAGACCUACUUUGGUUCUGGAUCCGAUGUUAUGUUGAUGAGGCGUCGGCUGUCAUUGAUGCUACAGAAGCACGAUGAGUCUGAUCUUAACUUCAUCUUGAGAGUAGGUUCAACAGCUCGGUUAUGCGAAUAUGACGAUGAUAAGGAGUUCGAAGAAAUAGUGGCCACAGUUGCAGAGCACGCUAUUAGCAGGGACGUGCGGACUACGGCUUUAAAGUUGCUGAGCCGCAAGGAAAAUUCACCGAUCUCGUUGACAAGGUUCGUGAACUCGAAGCAAUACGGCUCAAUGAGGAGUACGUACUACAAAAACGCGGUAAGCAGUCUGAAAAAGCAUCGCCGGCUUUGA